GUAGCUGUAUGGCCUGCCACAUAGCGGCCCCUUCCCCUUGUCCCUUUCCUCGCAUGUCGUCGUUUUCAUGUUGAUCGAAGGAAGGCUCCUGGUGAACACAAACAAAAGUCUUUUGUACGGGGUGGGGAGUCAAGCAGCUUAUAAUGUUGAUGAACGCCUUCGCCUAUCCUGCAGUCACCUCCAUUUCGGUGGUGACUUUUCCCUUCUUCACGCUGGCGGCCAAGAAAGAGAUCAGCGCGGCCUUCAGUAGUAAAAUCAAACAACGCCUCGACCUCCCGAAGAAUACUAGCAAUGCCGUCCUCUUCCACACUACCGGCCUCGCCCCUCCCAUCGACUACAUGCUGGUGGACGCGUUGAUGGUGUUCUUCAAGGGCGCGGCGCAGCAGCUAUGGAGCCUCCACCUCAGCAGUGACAACAUCCCGAGCUUCCGGCCGGCCGUAGGACUUGUUGCAGCCGCCGGCCCUCUUCCUCCCACGCCGGCGCCGCUGUGCAGCAGUAGCAGCAGCAACAGUAGUAACGCUGUAUCCCUCCCCACCCCGCCGCGGAAUGAUGUCGCAGUUGGCGAAAGCGCCCCCAGCAGCAGUAGCAGUAGCAAACGUCCACCUGCGCCACAGGUAAGCAGCAGUAGCAGUAGUAGUUCCCUUCUCCUGUCCUCCCUGCCGCAGGCCGGUAUGUCAAGCAGCAGUAGCAGCUCCCACCACCUCUCCGUACCGCCAGCUGCAGAUAGAUCCGGCAGUAAUGAGUCAGAUAGUGUCAGGGCGUCGGCGCUCCGUCCUCAUCCUCCGGCGCCCCCGGGAGAAGCAACCUCAGCAGCAGUAGGCAGUAAAAGUAGCAGUAGCAGUAGUGCCGCGCGUCCUCCCUCUCCUCCACCCACCACCUCCCUCUCCUCACCGUUAUUGUCGUACCGGGAAUAUAUGUGGACCCGUUGA